ACACAUAUUUUAUAAAUCUCUCCUCUCUCCUCCGUCUCUCUCUCCCAUCUCUCUCUCAACGGAGCAGCUUUUGUUAGUUCGUUUCGCCAAUCUCGAGGCAUCUCUCUCUUAUCCAGCUUCAUCACAUUCAUAUUAUAUAAUUAAACACACACUCUCUUCGCUUCAGAUUAGGUUUUGAUCGAUUCGAGUUCCGAAAUAAAGCUUGCUAUAUUUGUACGAUUUGAUCAAGUUGAUUCGAGACUUGUGUUGCAGAAGCUCCGUGUAGCGAUACAUAUAUCUUAAAGUUGCAGCGAAAACUACGUCGAAGCUUUAAUUUACUUGCUUCAUUAUUAUUAUCGGCGCAGAAACUUGAAAUUUGAUCUUCGUUUUUCGAAGUUCGCUGAAGCGAGGAAGCGCAAAAAAAUCCAGCAAAAGUGCAAAACAGAAGCCAAGGAUUUAAACGAAGCGUGCGUGAGAAGUUUGAUCAUAUACAUACAGGUGUUGUGUGUAUAUAUAAAUCAGUAGUUUCGAAUAGUGAUCAGGAGAGAGGAGGGCGAAAAUGCCGCACAGAACGACGUACUUUUUCCCGCGGCAAUUUCCUGACCGUCGAUUCGACUCGUCGAAAUCAGGGUCGUCGUCGAUUGAUCACGAGAAGAAAUACACAGUUGUUAGCGACGUUGAUAAAAAAGGUGAAGUGAAAGACAAUGCAUUUGAUAGGAGCAGCAGCUUCACGGGAGAUAGCAACGCCCGUGGAAAGCAAUUGAAUGCUUUUGUCAACUGGUUGGCUGAUAAGAAAAAAGAUAAGAAGCCUUCUGCUCACGUGAGGUUUUCGUUGGACUCUGAUGAUCGGUAUGAUCAUGAUGAUGAACAUCAGCUCUUGCUUUUGCCCGACUCCGCUGAGACGCCGAGUCAGGUUCCUGAGAUUGAGGUGGUUGAGGCCGGGAGAGACCAGAGUUUUGUUCGUCAGGAAUCAUUGACUAGAUUGUCAAGCAAUGCAAGUAGUUAUGCUGGUCACUUGGGGAUGGAGGAUGUUGUUAGCUAUAAAGGUCCCCGGGGUUUUGACAGACAGGUUCCAUUACAUAGGCUGUCAAGCGGGAGUAAUUUUGCCGGGGAGGUAGGUAAAGAAAGGGGGUUUGAGAGGCAGGUAUCCUUGCAGAGGUUGUCAAGUGGAAGUAGUUAUGCCGGUAGUUUAUUUUCAGGGACUACAUUGGAUGGGAACUUAUCGAGCUGCAUUUGCAAGGAUACAACUACAACUGUGAGAGAAGAACAAGAAGAGAGUGGAGGAAGUUUGGCACGAAGGGUGCGGGAGGGGUAUUACUUGCAGCUGAAUUUUGCUAAACGAAUUGCUCAGCAAGGAUCAAUGGUCAGCGAGCCUACACUUCUGCAACAAACUGGAAGUAUAUGUGCUGAUGCUGAAACUGUUUCCUACCGUCUUUGGGUCAGCGGUUGCUUGUCAUACACUGAUAGGAUAUCAGAUGGAUUCUAUAACAUUCUGGGAAUGAAUCCAUAUGUAUGGGUGCUGUGUAAUGAAUUGGAAGAAGGUAGACGAAUACCAUCAUUGGUGACUCUUAAAUCAAUUGAACCUGAUGAUACCUCAAUGGAGGUGGUUCUUGUUGAUCGCUAUGGAGAUUCCAGGCUCAGGGAGUUGGAAGAGAAAGCACAAGAAUUAUAUUUUGCUUCUGAAAAUACUUCGGUUCUUGUGGAAAAACUUGGAAAGCUUGUUGCUGUCUAUAUGGGGGGAACUUUUCCACUAGAGCAAGGUGAUCUCCAUGUGCACUGGAAUAUGCUAAGCAAACAAAUUAGGGAACUGCGAAAGUGUAUUGUAGUUCCCGUAGGAAGUCUGUCCAUGGGUCUUUGUCGACAUCGAGCUAUACUCUUCAAAAAAUUGGCCGACUCCAUAGGUCUACCGUGUCGGAUUGCUCGAGGCUGCAAGUAUUGCAUUGCAGAUCAUCGCUCUUCAUGUCUUGUUAAAAUUGACGAUGACAAGAAACUACCAAGGGAAUUUGUAGUUGAUCUAGUUGGAGAUCCUGGAAAUGUCCAUGGUCCAGAUUCCUCGAUUAAUGGAAGUGUACUUUCUCCAGCUCCUUCACCAUUCCAGAUACCUCAUUUAAGAGAAUAUCAACAAGGGUUGGUUGAUGAUGUGUCCUUUUGUCAAAUUUUGAAGUCGAAAAAUGAAUUUGCUCAUGUGAGGAAUCCUGUUCAUGCAGGGAGCAAAACAGAAGGGCGUCUAACAGAGGGCUCUGGCUUCCAUGCAAAUAGGAAAGAAGUUAGUUACAGCCCCAAGAUUCAAGAUACUGGAGGAAAAGAAUCGCUUGAAAUCGUAGGUGCUGUCUCUGGAGUGAUAGCGGUGGGCCAAUUUUCUGGGGCUGGUGGAGACCAGGAAGUUACUGGACCAGCUUACAGUAAAGAAAUUGUUGUAUCUGAAAGCACAAUGUUAAGUGUACAGCAACCUAGACCCAAUAUAUCGGGACAGUCAGCUGUAUUGGAGGCUGAAGGUGGACCAGGAAGACAAGGGAGAUUUUCUGCAAGAUACUUGACUAUUGAGCCUUCUCUUGCCAUGGAUUGGCUUGAGAUCUCAUGGGAUGAGUUGCAUAUCAAGGAGCGCAUCGGAGCAGGUUCUUUUGGAACAGUUCAUCGUGCUGAGUGGCAUGGAUCGGAUGUUGCGGUCAAAGUUUUAAGUAUUCAGGACUUUAGUGAUGACCAGCUGAAGGAGUUUCUGAGGGAGGUUGCAAUAAUGAAGCGUGUCCGUCAUCCAAAUGUGGUUCUCUUCAUGGGUGCAGUUACAAAGCGUCCUCAUUUGUCAAUUGUGACAGAAUAUCUACCUAGAGGUAGUCUAUAUCGCAUCAUACACCGUCCAUCAGCUGGGGAAACUUUGGAUCCAAGGCGACGACUACGAAUGGCUCUGGAUGUGGCGAAGGGUAUCAAUUAUCUUCAUUGCCUUAACCCACCUAUAGUACACUGGGACUUGAAAUCUCCAAAUUUGCUGGUUGACAAAAAUUGGACUGUGAAGGUAUGUGAUUUUGGGCUGUCAAGAUUCAAAGCGAACACUUUCAUAUCGUCAAAAUCAGUUGCUGGAACGCCAGAGUGGAUGGCCCCUGAGUUCCUUCGUGGAGAGCCCUCAAAUGAAAAAUCUGAUGUUUAUAGUUAUGGAGUGAUUCUGUGGGAGCUUGUGACACUGCAGCAACCUUGGAGUGGACUUGGCCCCGCACAGGUGGUUGGAGCUGUAGCUUUCCAAAAUAGAAGGCUUACUGUUCCACAGAACACUUCUCCAAUUUUGACCUCGCUAAUGGAGUCUUGUUGGUCCGAUGAACCAGCUCAACGACCAUCUUUCAAGAGCAUUGUUGAUACAUUAAAGAAGUUACUGAAAUCCCCGCCUCAACUCAUACAGAUGGGAGGAUCUUGAAGACAUCAGCCUCGAGUUCCAUGCAGAGGAAUUUACGGUACUUUCCAAGUUCCGGUCCCAACUACUGAAACAGUGCUCGUAUCCGACUUCUAUAUUCAAUCAACUUUAAUAACGUUCUAGGCAACUGAUGCAGACAUGUUACUUAUCUAACAAGCUAAAUAAGGCUUAAGCUAAGGAAUCAAUAUAUGAACAACACUAUAUAUUAUUAGUGCGAAGCCAGUUAUUCAUAAGUGUAAACCUUAUUGUUGAUCUGAAAUACUUGAAUAGUUAAAGGUACCUCAACACCAUUUUGUUAUGGUAACACGGGGACAUCACAGGGUUCUCAGCCUGGUGAUGUCCAGCUAUUUGUUUUUUGCUCGCAACAAACUGACGUUUAAGUCAUGAGCCGAGACUCGUUAACUAUGAAUAAUAAUAACAUUUUAUGUA